AUGGAAGUCAAGGGCAAAGUGACAAGACGAUGGGAGGAUGUAGCUGCCAAAAAGAAGUCUGGCACGUCCCUCAACUUAGUGCCAGGGGUUUAUCGACACCUGCGUGAUGAGCAGGAAGCUGUGCAGAAGCGAACUUUCACAAAAUGGAUCAACUCUCAUCUGGCAAAGUGUAAUCCUCCUUUGGUGGUCUCCGAUCUCUUUGAAGAUGUUAAAGAUGGAGUGAUGUUGUUGGCUCUCCUUGAAGUCUUGUCUGGUCACAAACUGCCAUGCGAGCAGGGCCGCAAGCUGAGGAGGAUCCACUGGGUAGCUAACGUGGGAAGAGCGCUCAAGUUUCUGGAAGGCAGGAGGAUUAAGCUAGUUAACAUCAACACAACAGAUGUUGUUGAUGGGAGGCCUUCUAUAGUUCUGGGGCUGAUAUGGACCAUCAUCUUAUAUUUCCAGAUAGAGGAGUUGACCAGUCAUCUACCAGCCCUACAACCUCAAUCUAGCAGUAACUCAUCAGUGGAAAGCUCUAACAGUACUGAGACCAGCAGCUCGCCCGUCAAACGCAAGCCCCGCCUUUCUUUUCAGGGCGGGGCCAAGAGAGCCCUGCUCAAAUGGGUCCAGACAACUGCAACAAAGAGAUUGGGUCUCGAUGUGAAGGAUUUUGGCCCCAGCUGGCGCACAGGGGUAGCUUUUCAUGCUGUUAUCUUUGCUUUGCGACCCCAUCUGGUUGACAUGGAACGUGUUUGGAGGAGACCUAACAGGGAUAACCUUGAAGAGGCCUUCUCAUUGGCUGAGAGAGAACUGGGCAUCCCACGAAUACUUGACCCUGAAGAUGUGGAUGUGGAUAAGCCAGAUGAGAAGUCCAUCAUGACAUAUGUGGCACAGUUCCUGAAACACCACCCAGACCGCCAAGAGACAGAGAUUGGCCGACAGCAAGAAGAGAGGGAGCAGCGUAAGACACUGAGGGAGCUGAAAGCGUGGGCAGAUCAGUUGGAGAGAGACUGUGCUCAAGCCCAGAGGGAUGGAGGAAAUUUUGGUUCGAAGUACCAGACGUUCAAGCGUUGUCGUGUACAGUUUGAGGUGCAGAGAAAAAAAGUGGAGACAUGUUUUCAGUCUACUCAGAAGGACGGCAAGCUGACUGCAGAUCAGGCUCUGCUCAAACAGGCCUGGGAGAGGCUGUCUGCAAGGCUUUUGGAUUGGCAUCUACAGCUGGAUAGUGGUUUACCGCAUCCUCUGGGUGAAGUUGGUAUGUAUUUACAUCAAGCAGAGAAGAUCCUACGAGAGGAGUUGGUCCCUCAGCAAGCCCAUGAUGAGACUGCAAAAGCCAUUCACAAAAAGCGACUACACGACCAGGAGAUCUUAAGGCUUCUUGAAAGACACAAGCAGACCUUGCAGUUAAUCCACAGAGACAGAUGUGUUAAUAAUGUCCCGAUUCCCAUGGAACAACUGCAAGACAUGGCAGAGAGAUUAAACUACAUAUCUACCUCCUCACACAUUCACUUGAGCAAACUGGAAUUCUGGGAAACGAAAUAUGGUAUGCUGGCAUUUUUGACACUAGCUGAGUCCAAGCUGAAAUCCUGGAUCAUUAAAUAUGGCCGACUGGAGUCAAUGGAGCUUCUGCUGCAAAGCUAUGGUUCAUUUGUGGAGGGACAGCAGUUCUUUGAGAAGUAUGAAAGUAGCCACCAGGCUCUGAUACAAGCUGCUGAGCUCUACAUUAAAGCUGACAGCUCAGCUGAGGGAGGGGUAAAGCUCUUGCUGCGAGAGGUGUCUGAUCAGUGGAGGAGUCUGUCGGUGGAGGUGCGAAGCGUAAGGUCCAUGUUGGAGGAGGUGCAGUGUAAUUGGUUGAGGUACAACAGCUGCGUGGCCUUAUUGCAGGCCUGGCUAGAGGAUGCUCAGGAGGCUCUCAGACAACCUGAGAACACUAAGCGGGAGUUUUUUCGCAACCUUCCGCACUGGAUGGACCAGCACGCUGCUAUGAACGAUGCAGGAAACUUCCUGAUCGAGACCUGUGAUGAAACAGUGACACGUGAUGUAAAACAUCAGCUUCUGCUUCUCAAUGGAAGAUGGAGGGAGCUGUUUUUGAAGGUCAAACAGUACUCUCGUCUUCCUGAGACUCAUACAGUAAGGACACACCAGGAUGUCAGCACAGACAUACAAGAGUUUCUGGAUACUUCCAUUAACAAACUUACCUCACCGCUUCAAGUGUCGUUGUUGGAUGUCAAAGCCUUUAUGCUGGAUGUUGAGGACAUCAAGCACAGGCUACCUGCUGUGGAAGCACAACAUAAAGUGGCUGCUCACUCUGCUCAGCUUCUGGCUAAAGACUCUGGUGCUGGUGGAGCUAAAGCACUUUCUACUAUAACAACGACCGAAGCACAGCUCCACCAGCUGAAAGAAAAUUGUCCUUUAAUUUUGAGGGAGUGCCAGGCUCUAUUUCCUCUGUUAGAAGAGCUAGAGAAACAAAUCUCAACUUUCUACCAGACAGCGGAGCACGCUGGACACAUCAUCACCCAGCAACACAACCAGGAAAUGUGUCAGGAGCUACAAACACAGCAGCAGACCUGUAAGCGUUGUGUUUGUGCUAUGGAGCGCAGUUACCUGUCUCUACAGAGGGCGCUGUGCUGUGCAAAAUCCCUACAGAAUUUUGACAUGUCUCUUCUGCAGAACAGAGUGACGGAGAUUCAGACCACCACACAGGCUUUGAUGCAGGAGGCUUUGGAGUGGAGGCAGGUGGCAGAGACUAACGGCAACCUCAUGCGGAGGUUUGAGGAGUCUCGUGCUGACCUGGAGAAGGCGCUGCGUGUGGGCCAAGCCUGUUUAAAGGAAAGGGGAGACCCAGAUGAGCUGUUCCGCAAACACAAUGAGUUCUUUGGGCGACUAGACCAGCACAUUUUAAGUGCUUAUUUAAAGGCUUGUGAUGACCUCACUGAUAUCAUCUCCGAGGAAGACCAACGGAGUCUGCGAGAGACGGUCAGAAGACUGCACAAGCAAUGGAAGGACAUUCAAGCCGAGGCUCCAUUCCAUCUGCUCAGACUCCGGGUGGAAACAGAGAGGCGUUUGGUGAUGACCACAUUACAGGAGUGUAGGAUAGAGCUGAAAAGGGAGGACAAAUCCUUGCUCACAGCCGGCAGUGAAAGAACGAUCAAAGAACACAGGGGCUUUUUCAGACAUAAAAACACACUUUCUGCAUGUGAGAAGCGACUAAAGACAAUGGAGCAUCUCUGUCAGGAUCUUCCAGAAAAUGACCAAGGCUAUAAAACACUGGAGCAAACCAGAGAUCAUCUUUCAGAGGUCAGGGGUUUAAUAGAGCGAACGCACUUGAAACUACAGCAGCACAUGGAUAAAUGGAGAGAGUGGCAUGCCAGGUUCAGUGAGCUGUCUGGAUGGCUUCUCUCCCAGCAGGAAAUGCAAAGUGCUGCUGAAAUCUCGUCUCUCCAGAUGCAGCGUCGGGCGGUAAAGGCUCAGGGCGAGACUCUGGACUGGCUCAAAGCUCGUCUCGCUGUUCUGGAGGAGAUAAGUCCUGAGAGUGAAGUUCGCACACAGAGGGCUGCUUUUGAUAAACUCUCACAGCAGUUUUCUGCACUGCUGCUGUCUCUGUCUGAGGAUUGUCCUGUUGCAGUGGCCAAUGAAGGGAACAUAAAGACUAGAGAGGAGGUGAAGGAGGAGGAGGAUGCGAUUCAGACACAGGGCCACAGACGAAUACUGAAUGCAGAGAAUAUUACAGAAGCCAAACAGCUGCUCCUUAUUCACCUGCAAAAUAUGAAGACACAGGAAGCAAAAGAGACAGAUGUGAGAUCUCAAGGUAAAGAUGACUGGGCAGCUCAGGAGAAACACCUGCAGGUCACUGUGAAUGCAUGGCAGGAGUUUGAUUUGGAGAGAGAGGCCAUCUGGCAGUUUGUGUGUCUUGUCAGUCCUGUCCUGCAGAGGGAGCUUAUCUUCAGCAGCCUGGACAACCUCAAGACUGAAAUGAAAAAUGUUAAAGAGCUUCAUGAGCAGGGCAACACAUUUGCUGAACGAGCUGAGUCCCUGUUGAAGAAGGCAGCAGGUAUUAAACUUGGUUCUCACAAUCAGUCUUUACUACAGGAUCAGGCCCAAUCCACAAAAGAAAGACUGCAGGAGAUACAAGCCAGCCUCAGGAAAAUAGUGUCAGAUCUGGAGAUGAUGCACAGAUGGUGGCAAAGUUUCAGUCGUGAGUCUGAGGCUUUCUUCUCCUGGGUCUGUGAUAGUAAGAGGGAGCUUGAAGCUUUCAGCGGAUCCUCUGCCAACCUGGAUGAGCAGAUUCACACGGUGGAGAUGUUAAAGGAGGCCUUAGAGGAGAAGAUGGACAACUUUAGCCGAUUGGAGACAGAGUUUAAAUCUUUAAUUCAUUUCAUUGCACCGAAUGAGGCUGGGCGAAUUAAAGCACGUCUGAUGCAGAUUGAAAGAUACCGGGAAGAGUUUAAAAACAGUGUGGAGGAACGAGAGGCAGAGCUUCACUCUAGUUUGAGAAAUACUAAGCAAUUUACUCAAGAUCUCAAUGAGGUUGAAGGUUUGCUGAAUGGACUACAGGAAAAACUGAACACACCAGUUACUUCAUGUACAUCCGCAUCAAGAACAUAUAAAACUCUCCAUGAACAUAUGGAUGUAGUGCAGCGUUUACAGCAGCUCGGGCCCAGGCUAAUGUCUCUGAGUCUGGGCUGGAGGAGGCUGUCUGAUGGGGGACGGAUGGAGAAAGCUGUGGCUGACCUUCAGCAAGCUCACAAAUUAUAUACCCAGCAAGCCACUGAAAAACAAUCAAAACUGGAGAACCUGUUGACUCUGUGGCAAAGAUGUGAGAGAGAUCUCUCACUUCUGCAGUCCUGGUUGAACAGGUGUGAAAAUCUAUGCAGUUCAGAUUCUCCCUACCUGACCAUAGACAAUGUGAAGCUACAGAGCCAGCUUCAGAUGCUGCAGGACAUGCAGUCAGAAGUUCCCUCUCAGGAGUCUUUGUUGGAAAGUUUGGAGACCCGAGCCGAGUCUCUGUACUCCUCAGCCUCCGAGGAAAGGAUGGCAGAGCUUAGAGAUCUUCAUUGUAGCAUGGAAGAGAGGUGGUGUUCUCUCAGUACUAAUAUACCACUCAGGAUUCAGGAAUUUCAGUCCCAUCUUGCUCAGUUGGAGCAGUUCAGUCAGGUCUCGCUUGAUCUGACUCAGUGGACUGAGAACUUCCUCAGGCACAUUCAAAGCACAUGCAAAGUCAGCAUCACUGAUCUCCAGUCUGCUGAAUUCAAAACCAAGGAGGACAAGACGUCCCUUCAGUCACAAGGAAAGUUACUGGAGUCCUUACAGCCACAACUAGAUGCCCUCAGCCCGUCUAUAUCCCCAAAAGACCUGCAGCACCUCCAGACCAGGAAGGAGGACUGCCUUCAACACUUCAGUGAAGCACAAAGUUUAGUAGAGCAUCGAGAUGAAGCACUACUCAAACUAAAAGACUUCUGUAAGACUUAUAAUAAAGCCAGAACCUCUUUACAGACAUUCCAGGAAGAAGUUGAAGGAAGAGAGAGCUGGGAUGACUCCAAAGUCAGGGACAUAAAUCAGGAACUUGGGGACCUUGCCAAGGAGUUAGCAUCUCUAGAGGUGCAUGCCAUUAGCCUGGAUAUCAUCCUAAACAAGGCACACUUUCAUUUACAAGGGGCAGAGGAGGAAAGAACGUCUUGCAGAGGGCUAGUGGAUGAUGUUGCGUUGAGCGUGCAGGUGCUUCAGAGGAGCAUUGGGACAAAGCAGAGUGAGGCAGAGGCACUAGCCACCAUGUGGAGUUCAUUUAGGGGACGGAAGGAGCUGCUACUCGGGAGUCUGGCAAAGCUGGAGUACAGAGCCAAUAUACCAUGGCCUGCAGAGGCUAGCACACAGGCCUUUCAACAGAGGUUGUGGUUGCUGAAGCAGUUGGAAGAAGAGCUACAGGCCCUACAGCACAGUCAGCUGUGGUUGGGGGAAAAAGGAGAACAACUGGCCCACAGAGACUCUGAGCUGGCAGGGGAAGUCAAACGGGACAUAGCCGUGGUCCACUCCACCUGGGAGAGGAUUAGGGGGAUUAUUGUGGAGGACCAUGACCUUUGUGUAAACCUGCUGGAGCUCUGUAGGGAAUACCAGACCCUGAGAACCAGGAUCAGCUCGGUCAUUGAGAGAGCUCAUGCCAUCACUGUGGCCCAGUCGGACCCACAUAACCCUGAGGACAUCCGUAGAGCUCUGUCACGGCUGGAAGCAGUGAGGCCGGAGCUGGCGACCACUAAGGAGGACCUGAAUAAGCUCAUUGGUUCAGGCAAACUCCUCACCGUUGUGUUAAAGAAGCUUCCAGAUGAAAGCAUUCAGAGUGAAAAUGUCACAACGGAGAUGGAUGCCAUUGUUGAUCGGUGGCUGGAUAUCUCUGAGAGUAUGGAUGCAGACAUCAGUCGGUACACCCGCUCUCUUGAGCUGUGGAAUGACAUUAAUAAAAUGGCCAAUGAUAUAGAGUGUUGGAGUGCUGUCUCUGUCUGUGAGCUCAGUGAAGGAGCUGCCAGUCUCCUCUCCACUCAAGACAUGGAGGAGCACCUCUCUGACUUCAAGUUGGAGUUGGACAAUAAGGAGGACGAACUGAAGACCUUGCAAGAGAAGAUGACAGAGCUACAUGAACUGAUAAAAACCCAAAACACACACACUGAACUUCAGGUGAUGGCUGCAGAUCUGAGAAAGCAGAUUUCCCAUGCUUUAGAGGUGUACGAACAGACCAGAGGCAUGUAUAAAGACUUCACCUCCCAGAGGCAGCAGCUUCAAGACCUAAUUUCCCAGAUUUCAGAGCAGCUGAAGACCUCUGAGGACUCACUAUCAGAGUUUUCAACAUCCCUUGACCCAGAGAAUUUUGUUAAAAUCAAGGAGGUUGAGAAGUCACAGAGACAGCUGGAGGUGAGUUUGGACGUUGCAAGUGAGUCUCUCAGGGCACUGUGUAGAGCGUACCCAACUCAGCACCUGACCCUGUUGGGUGAAGCUGUCUCCAACCUGGUCAAGAGGAAUGAGGAAGUGACACAACGCCGCAGCCAGAUCCUGGGGUCACUUCAGGAUGCUUUACUGCAGCGCUUCAAUGAGAAAGCACAUGCUUUUCACUGUUGGCUCUCUGAGGUAAGGGCUGGAAUUGAGGACUGCUUUGAGCAAACAGGAGAUGCUGUCGCGAUUUCAUCCAAGCAACAAAAACUCAAGACUGCAGUAGAGGAAGUCAUGGAUGGAGAUGAGCGCUUGUCCCAGGUUUGUGAGGAUGGAGAGAGACUCCUGUUGCAUCUCACUAAAGGUGGGACUGGAGGCAUACAGGAGCAACUGGACUCUUGUCAGUAUGCUUUGGGUGCAUUUGUUAUGGAAUGCAGACAGCGCAUGCAGUCCCUGGAAGAAAGUGCCACCCUUUUAAAUGGGUAUGAAACUCGUGUGGUGGAGCUGAGCGACUGGCUGCAACAGCUGGAGGUGAGACUGAAGACAGAUGUUCCUCUGUGGGGUGAGAGUCAGUCUGCAGUCCCCGACUGUUCAGAAGAGCUGAGAAGAGUGGAGGAAAUCCACAGAGAGCUGCUGAUGAGGAGGGCAUCACUUGAACGUCUGUGUCAGUCCUCUCUCACUGUAACAGAGGGAAGAUCUAGAUCAGGGAGUAGUGUGGCAGCAAAGUUGCUCUCAAACCACGAGGCUUUGCUACAAGGGGCCAGAAGUCGACUCCGCAGACUACAGGAGUACCAGGCGUUCGAGGAGGCGCUGAAGGCAGUGGAAAUCUGGCUGAAGGAUGUCGAGGGAAAGCUAGAGAAACUAGAGAACACAGAGGGGAGUAAAAAGGAGGUGGAAGAGAAACUUGAGCAAGCACAGGAUAUCCUGCUUAUGAAGGGAGAGGGCGAGGUAAAGCUCAACAUGGCUGCUGGGAAAGCAGAGCUGGUCAUCAAGAGCAGCGGGGAAGUGGAACGAGGAGUGAUUUGCUCGAAGCAUCAGGAAGCUGAGGAUGCAUGGGCGGCACUGCUCUUGAGAGCCAUGAGCUGCCACAGCCGAUUAGAGUGGACCGUUAAUCAGUGGGAUUUGUUUGUGGAGUCUCGUGCACAGCUGCAGAAGUGGCUGGAGGGUGUAGGGCUGGAGGUUAAGGGUCCUCUUGAGCCCCAGCUUGGGCUCAGGGAGAAACGAAAGCAAUUGGAGAGACUGCACUUGCUGUCAUCAGAUGUGGAAGACCACCAGGGAGCACUGUGCUAUCUGGAGGAGAGUGCGACCGAACUUUACAAACGCACUGGUGACCCCGUCUUUGACGAGGAAGAAAUGGUUCUCCUUAGAGCACAUUUUGAGGAUGUCAAAGCUGCAGCCGAGGAGAGAGUCAGACUGUCAGAGGACGUUGUAAUCGAGCAUAAGAAGUACAUGGAAACAAUCAGGGAGCUCACCGAUUGGCUAAUGGUGGUAGGGGAGGAACUUCAGCAAUGCUCUGAUCCAUCUGGUGACUCUCACACCUUAAGUCGGAAGUUGACUGAAGUCCGGGAGCUGCUGGAGCGCGGCGCGUGCGAGGGGCGCGAGCGGCUGCGGCGCGUGCGGCUGAGCGCGGAGAGAGCAGGAAGGCACACAGCGGCGGCUGGCUGCGAGCUGAUGGAUGGAGAGGUGGCGGCACUGGCUCGAGCGCUGCACCAGUGGGAGGGAGCUUCGCUACGAGCUCGCGACGCUCUCGAGACGGCCGUAGCCGCGGCGACAGGGGCCGAGCGGGAGCAGACACGGCUGACAGCGCAGUUGGAGGAAGAGAUGGAGAAGCUGGAGGGCCAGCUGAAGGAGUGGAGCGAGGGACUGAGCAGCGCCGAGCGGAGGAAUUGCGGAGCUGCGGCGGUGGAAGGAUGGAUGGUCGCCAAGGGUGUUCUGGAGGGGCUUCAGACAGCUGAAGUUAUGGAGGAGAAGCUGAAGGCGCAGCUCAAUGAGCUGUGUGGGUUUUCCAGUGAUCUGGGUCCGCAGACGGACAGAGUCAGUGCUCUCAUCAAGCUACACAACAGUCUGAGCCUGCGAGCCUCCCGGGAAUGUCAGAAUAAGGAGAAACUGCUGGAACAACGCUUCCGUUCUUCUCUGCAUGACUUCCGGCAGUGGAUGGUCAAUGCCAACAUCUCCACCGCAAAAUGCUUUGACUCCCCUCAUAGCAUCCAGGACGCCUCUGUCGCCCUCCAGCAGAUCCAGGAGUUCAUGAGUGACAAGGACCAGGGCCAGGCCAGGCUUAGUGCUGUCCUGACGUAUGGAGAGCAGCUCAGUAGCGUGAUGGCUGCCGAUAGAGUGGAGGCCAUCAGGACCAAAGCGAACGUAGCCAAAGAUGACUGGAAGAGCCUGGUGGACAGCUUAAAGCGAAGAGAGAUGGCCUUGCAGGUCUUGCAGUCUCAGAUGCAGGACUUUGAGGCAAGUGUGGAGCCUCUACAAGACUGGCUGAACAGGACUGAGAUCAGUGUACAGGAGAGCAGCGCUCGCCUCCAUGACCUACCUGCCAAGAGACUAGAGCUCUCCAAACUUCAGACGUUGCUGGAGGAGAUGAGCUCCAGAGAGUCUGAACUGGCAGGACUGAGAGGGCGAGCACAUGGGCUUUGGGAUGGUCAGGGUGCUGGGAAAAGCUUUGUGCAUCGCGUCUGCCAGCUAGCUGCAUGCUUCCUGGCCCUGAGCAACCUGAUUAAGGAGAAAGUGUCAAGGGUAGAACGAGUGGUGGGGGAGCAUCAGCUAUUUUCACAGGGCCUUCAGGAACUUCAGAACUGGGUUUCGGAGUCCCAACAGGUCCUCAAGACCUGCAGAUGCCCCACAUCUGACAAGAAUGUGCUUAUAUCCAGAAUGAGCCAGCUCGAGGCUUUACUGACAGCUUGUCAGGGAAGAGAAAUCCAACUGAAGAUGCUCAUCACCAGAGGGGAAUCUGUCCAGAGGAACACAUCAGCUGAGGGAGUACCAGUGGUUCGCAAGCAAAUUCAGGACCUCAAAGACUCCUGGGAAUCACUCUUAUCAACAUCCAUACAGUGCAAAAGCCAGCUGGAAGGUGCCUUGUCACACUGGACCAGUUACCAAGAGGACGUCAGUCAGUUUGAGUGCUGGAUGCAGCAUGUAGAAGAGAGCCUUGGAAACACAGACAAACACUAUGCUGAAAUGAGGGACAAGACAGCCAAUCUGGGCCGUGCCAAGCUUCUCUAUGAGGAAGUUCUUAGCCACUCUAGCCCUUUACAGACCAUUGCUACCAAAGGUUCCAACAUGACUGAACAUACAGCCACUCAACAGGAGAUCCAGAAACUCAGUGAGAGAUAUACAACCGUCAAAGAUAAAGCCAAGGCUUCUGUCAGUAAGGCUGAAGAAUUGGUUCUUCUCCAUCAAGAGUAUCAGCGAGGGCUGCACAUGUUUGAAGACUGGCUAGAGCAAGAGCAGAGCAGUUUGGCUCUCCUCUCACCCCUAGAUGAAGAUGUAAAUGCUCUGGAGAACACAUUAAAAGAACUGCAGAUGCUCCAGUCUCAUUGCCCUAAGGGACAUAACUUGCUCAGUUCAGUCCUUGCCAGUCGGGAAAGAGUCAUACCUUGGGGUGCCCCUCAAAUUGAGGAUCGGGCCCUGGAAACAGCACAAACAGAGUGGCAGGGGUACCAAGAUCGCCUCGGGGAGACCAGUCAGGUUGAGCAGGCCCUCACAAGAGUUCAGAAACUAGAAAGUUUAUUCCAAAGCUUUGACCAGUGGCUGGUUGACAUUGAGCUCAAAGUUAAGGUGAGAAACCACCGUCGAUCUGAUGUCAGUGCAAAGGAGGCCCAGCUACAACACCUGAAGCGGUGGCAGACUGAGGCUGCUCACCGUCAGGCCGAGGUGGAAGGUCUAAGUGCUCUUGCACAGAAAGUCGUAGAGAACGCUCAUGUCAGUGGCCGGAUCAGUACCAGGGUUACCCAACUCACUGCUCGCUAUCAUGCCUUGCUCCUACAGAUACAGGAGACCCUCAAACAGCUCCAGGAAGAGAUGCAGAAAAUCACAGAGGCUCAAAAUGCCCUCAGGAUCUUCUCUGAUUGGCUAAGUGCAGCAAGGAAGAAUUUUAAAAUCAUUACCGAAAGGACAGAAGCUCUCGAUCGCAUCACAAUGGAAAAAAAGAUGAAGAGGCUAGAGUCUCUACAGGGGGAGAUGGAUCAAGGUCACAGCUUGCUUAAAACACUUCGAGAGACAACAGAGCAGGCCGUUUCCUUCUUGGAUGACCCUGGAGCAUCCAGGCUAGAGAGGGAAGUGCAAACGGGGCGAUCACAGCUCGAAGAGCUUAUUCUGGGGCUACGGGAGGAGCAUGCAAACCUGGAAAGGAGCAUUGUGCUCUAUAAAGAUUUCCAAGAGCGCUACAAGGGCCAAAUGCAGUGGCUUAGGGAGACCCGAGCUCUGCUCAGCUCGACUGUUGAACCUAAAGCAGAACUGUACCAGAGAAAAGCCCAGCUGGCCAAGUACAAGGCUGUGGAGCUUUUAUUGGUAUCCCGUGAUUCUGCCGUGAGCUUUGUGCUAGAGAAAGGAGAAAGUCUCCUGACCCUCCUUCACUCCCCUUCCAUCACAGACAACAUGACCAGAUUACAGGCAGACUACAAGGAGCUGUGUGGCUCAGCAAGGACCCAUGUUCACAGAUUGGAGGGCCAGGUGAAGAAACAGGAAGCUUACCACAAAGAUCUACAGGAAAUUGAGCGUUGGCUGUUACAGAUGUCCAGCAGGAUGGUGACUCCCGACCCGUCAUCAAGCGGUGGCCUGGAAGCUGCCACUCAGCAGCUAGCCAGACACAAGGCUAUUAUGGAGGAGAUAGCAGGUUUUGAGGAGCGUUUGUCUACACUAAAGGAAAAGGGAGAAGAGCUGUUGUCCGGCUGCAGUGAGCGCCUCCAGGCACGGCUUCGCCAGCAAAUUCAGAACCACCAGCAGGGAGCAAGAGACAGCUACUCUGCCAUCUGCAGCACUGCCCAGCGUGUCUAUCAGAGUCUGGACCGCGAACUUCAGAAGCACGUAAGUCUGCGGGAUACGUUGCAACAGUGUCAGAAAUGGGUUUCAAAUGUACAAGAGGAGAUACAGCUUCCUGCACAUGCACCACACUGCCUACAGGAGGCGCUAGCACAGAUGAAGCAGGAUCGAACUCUGCAGGAGCAGGCUAGUACCUAUUUGCAGCUGGUGUGCUCUACCUGUGAUCUUUCUGAUGAAAAAGUACGAGAGACGGCUGCUGAAAUACAGCAGGUCAAACUUCAGAUUGAGGAGAGGAUGCUGGAAUCUCAAGAACUAACAGAAAACUGGAGAGAGAUCAAGGACUUACGUUCCAACCUUGAAUGUCAUCUUCUUGAGGCUGAACAACUCCUCCAGAGCAUGUUGAGGAGGCCAGCUGAGCUCGAGCCAAAGGUUGCUCAGAACCAGCUGGACCAGGCUCAGGACUUUAUCCAGGAGAUGCGUGCCAGGCAGGUUGAGCUGACCCAGCUGAGAGAAAGCAUUAAUAGGCUAACGGCUGGUCAGGAGUCCCCCGAGCUCAUGGAAGUUGGGCGCCUGCGCUGUGCUUGGCUGGAUCUGGGCAGACAAGCUGCACAGCUGCUGGAACAGAAAGAGGAGGAUCUGCAGAGAAGUGGAGACUAUCAUGACUGCAUUUGUAUGGUGGAGGAGUUGUUUGACCAGCUGUCCAAGAAAUGGGAUCAAUUGGCCAGGGGAGAUAUUGAGAGCACAGCUGAGUGUCUGGAUGCCUUAAAGAAGUUGUCCACAGACUUGCAGGACCAGAGAUGUGUGCUCGAUGACCUGAGAAAUAAUAGGCACGGAAUCCUGCCUCGUCUGAGCUUAGAAGACAGAGACCUGGUUAAAGAGCAGGUUGGUUACCUUGAGCAACGUUGGACCCAGGUGGAGUCGCUUGUCCAGAAGAAAAUUCAAGAUUCAGCCCAAACACUGGAAGAAUUGAGUCAAAUUGAGGACCAUUUGCGGGAGGCACAAGAAUGGGCUGAGUUGCAGCAACCAUCCCUCUCUGAGGUUCUUAAGACCAGUCCCCCUCCAGAUUUGGCCCAAAGCUUUCUGUUUGAUCACUUGAGCUUUUGUGCAGAACUGGAGGCCAAGCAAAAGCUUCUGGCAGAGGUUGUGACAGAUGCUAACAGCCUUUCUUUUCGCCUAGGACUUAACGAAAGGAGGAAACUCCAGACUUUCGUUCAGGAAGCACAGGCAGAAGUAGAAUUACUUGGAACUAAGGCAGCUCAAUAUCGUAAAAGCCUCAGUAAAGUGUUUACAGAACGAACACAGUUCCUACAAGCCCUCGACAGGGCAGCUGAAUGGAUCCGGAAGCAAGAGCAGAGGGCUCUUGCAGAUGAUCAUGUGGCGCUCCUACCAAAUGUUCUGCACAAGCAGGUGUCAACUUGUAAGAAUUUUACCAGCAGUCUAAGAGCAUAUCAGGUGGAGCUCACGUCACUUUGGACACAGGGACGAGAUUUAGUAAAGGAUGCAACCGAGGAGGAAAAGAAGGUGACCCUUCAGAAGCUGGAGGAGUUGCAAGUCACCUUCGAAGCGUCCUUGCAAAAGAGCAUGGAGCAUCUGCAGAAUCUAGAGAAAGCACUAGUCAUUCGGAAGUACUUUAAAGUAGACCUUGAUAGGAUCUCUGAGUGGCUAAAACAAGCAGAAGUAGCUACAUUUCCAAUUAUUGACCUGAGCGGGAAUGACGAAGACCUUCAGAACCAGUUGACCGAAUACCAACAGCUUCUUGAUCAUGCUUCAGAGUAUGAAAAUCUUUUGCUUAUUGUCCAAAGGGCAGGACAGGAGAUUCUUCCCACCUUAAAUGAGGUUGACCACUGCUACCUAGAUGAGAAACUCAAUGGCCUUCCACAACAGUACAAUGACAUGCUGUUGUUGAUUAGAGAGAAACGCGACAGGAUCCAACAAGUGCUUUUGGAGCGCAGGGAGUUUGAGUCCCUCGUUGAUGUCACACGAAAAGCUUUGCUGGAACUUCAGGAGAAAUGUGACAGUUUAGAGAUAUCAGCCAACCAAAGUCUAGAAGAGGGAGAAAGAUUGCACAACAAUUAUGAAGUUCUCCUGAAAGGUCUUGCAAAUCUCUUUCAGGGAAUGAAAGAUCUCAGAGGUAAAACUCAGGAUUUCCAUAGCAUGGGUCAGCCAUAUGCUCCCGAAGUCACUGACCAGUUAGUUUAUCUCCACAGCAGUCUUAACCAGCAGAUAGAGUGUAGGAUGAAAGAUUUACAGAAAACGUUGAAGAUAUUAAAUGACCACCAAGCAGUUAUCGAGAAAAUGGACUAUAGCAUCACUAGAUUAAAGGAACAGCUUGACAAACUUGACUCAGAUGAGGAGGUAGAUGUCACAGAGAGAUUAUCUACUCUAUACAACCUUUCAAAAUGUCUUGAAGUGGUUAGUUCCUAUCCAGAGGGUCUCAAAGCACAAACCGAUGACCUCAAUCAGCACUUUGAUUUAGAGACCCUUAAGACUCAGGUAAUCUUUAGGGAGGAGCAACUUCUUUCUUUAAAGCAAAGGAUUAAUGCACACAUAGAAGAAUGUGAGAGAGGUUUUUUAGGAAAAAAGGAUCAUCAAAGUGAUAUUAAAGUAUCAAUAGACUGGCUCAAGAGUCUUUGGGAUCAAUUGAGAUGUCCAUUAAUAUUUAAAGAAGCAAAAAUUGAGAUUGUGCAGGAGGAGGUCAGAUCACUGUCAGCACUUCAAGAAGAAAUGAAAUCUAGGUUUAGAUUAUUAGAAGGUCUAACUAAUGAAGAGAAAGAGACGUGCAUCAGUGACCAAAAGCCAUUUCCGACACUCUUUGAAACCAAUUUGAUGGAUAUUCCAAAGCUGAAGGAUGAUCUUCAACAAGCUUUUAGCACUAAACAGGUGGCCUUGCAGUCUGUUCUGUCCCUGCUCCAGAGAUACCACCACUUCUUUCAAUCCAUCCAGCAGUGGUUUGAGGAAGCUGGUUCUCUACUUGAGCAGGCCCCACAUGAUGUAGACCUGGAGAAAAUUUCAGACUGUCUCAAGGACUUAGAAAAUAUAACAGGCCGGGAACAAACUGUCAAGUGUACGAGGCAAGAAAUGCAAGAUCUAAUCCCUCAAAUGGCUGACUUUUUGAGCCCUACUGUAUUUAAGCAAAUCCAGCAGCAUUGUGUGGAGUCUCAUCACAAGGGCACAGAGGUCUUUGAGGAGCUAAAACAACGAAGAGACAACUUGGAACGAAGCAUAACUCAGUGGAGAUCCUUCCAAGAUGAAACAGAUAAAGUUAUCAGGCAGAUGAAUGAAGUUGAGAAGAAGAUGACUGAGUUUACAACUGCCAGAGCAAACUCUGAGCAAGAAGCUGAAGACAAGCUUUCUUUAUACCAGAGAAUUAUGUUACAAGUUCAGGCUCUUGAAGACACACUCAAUGAACUGAAAGAAAAAGCAGCACAGUUUGAUCAGCCUGCAAUAAAAGACACUACUUCUCAGUCUGUCCAUUCACUGAGCCAACGGUGUACUCGGUUGUACAGUGUUGCUAGAGCUCAGGCGAAAGCCCUUCAAGACUCUGCAGAUAACUGGAGAUGCACCAGGGAGAAGCUGGAGAAAAUGCGAGCUGUCUGUGAGGACCUGCACAGUCGCGUUCCUGACAGCAUGGUGGAAAAAGCCUCCAGUAUGGCAGCCCUACAUAGUCUUCUGGAGUACCACGACUCCUUCAGUCGAGAGGUGGAGAGAGAGAGCAGCUCCCUGACCCUCAUCAGACACCACGUGCUCAACCUGUUUCUCCAUCCUCACGUCACUGCACCCUCCACACCCAGCAAACACCAAAACCAAGAGAACCCUUGUCUGCUGGAGAUUCAGAGCAUUCAGGAGAAAUAUGACAAUCUGUUGCAGCAGGUGUGCGCUAGCCGGCAGCAGGUGCAGGUGGAGCUGCUGGAGAGAGAGGAAGUGGUGAGGGAGUUGGGUCUGCUGAAAGGCUGGAUUCAGGACACCCAGGGACUGCUGCUGAGUCCCACUGCAGACCUGGAUAACCUGCUCACUGACCUGGAGACGGCUCAUGGUGGCAUGCAGUCUCAUCGCCAGAGCCUUGAGCUGAUUGCAGAUCGUCAGCAGAUGAAAUAUCAGGACCUCCACGUCACUCUUCCUUCUGAGAUCAGCACCCAGCUGGCAGAGAUCACACUGGCUCUGGGUUCUGCAGAAGAUCAGGUGCAGGCACGGGAAAGAGAGAUCCAGCAUAGCAGAGAUACUAAAGAAGACUUUAACUCCAGGCUUCAGGAUAUCUCAAAGAAAGUUAAACUCAUCUCUUUGAAACUCAAGCAGAAGGCCAUGGAUGUUGAGGAGGCUAAAGAGGAGACAGAGACUCUAUUUGAGGAACUAGAGGAGUGUGGCCGUGCUCUGUCUGAGUUAGAUGUGGCAGUGCAGGAGUUUGGAGAGCAGAACCCUCUCCUAGCUAAACAGCUAGGCUCCAGCCUGAGUAAACUGACUGAGCUUCAUGCUCAGACCAGCAGACUGGCGGAGGGAAGGACCACAUGCCUUCAGAAGGCGGAGAAGAACUUUGAAGAAUUUAAUGAAAUGCUUACGCUAACGCUCAACUGGACAGAAAAAGCAGAGACGGUUGUCUCAGCCGACAUGAUGUGGAGUCCAGCCUCUCAGAUGCAGGAGCAAAUUAGAACCCAUCAGGCCUUAUUACAACAGUGGCAAGACCUCCAAGGAGAGUUUGAGGGUCUGGUGGAGAAGGUGGGUCUGCUGGAUGAGGUGGUCCAGACAGAUGCUCUCCACCAGCAGGUGGCGGAUCUGAGCAGACAUGCUGAAGAGUUGCAGCAGAGAGCCAAAACACGACUCCUGACACUACAGGAUGCAGCCAAGGACCUGGGAAGACUGGAGAGUGAUGUGAAGAGCCUCCAUCUGUCCAUAGAGAGAGUCCAGGAGACUCUGGCCUCCCCUGAUCUGGCUCGCCUCAGCCUCAGAGAACAGCUAGCUCAGAGACAGCUCCUGUUGUCAGAGAUGGAGGGUCUCAAGCAGCAGGUGCAGGCUAUGCAGAUGUGUCAGAGCGCCCUCCGGCUGCCAGAGGAUGUAAUGGCUGCAUUACCGUUAUGUGUUACUGCACAGAGUCUUCAGCAUGAAAGCAGUCAUCUCCAACACAAUACCAUUCAACAGUGCAAUAUAUUACAGGAGGCCAUGGUGCAGUAUGAGCAAUACGAACAGGAAGUCAAGAAUCUACAGAGACUUAUUGAAGAGGCACACCGUGUCAUUCAGGACCGCCCUGUUGCCACAGGAAACAUACAUGAGCUUCAGACACAGAUACAACAUCAUGAGGAACUGGCCCUGAAGAUAAAAGGCUACCAGGAGCAGAUCUCGGCCUUGAACUCCAAGUGUAAAAUGUUGACUCUGAAAGCCAAGCAUGCUACCAUGCUGUUGACGGUCAGCGAGGUUGACGGCCUCUCAGACGGAUUAGAGGAGCUGGAGGAUGAGGAGGAAGAGAUGCCCAAACACCCACCAACACACCCCUCUGUUGUCAUGAUGACGGCAGGCCGUUGUCAUACUCUCCUCUCCCCGGUCACAGAGGAGUCUGGUGAGGAGGGCACUAACAGCGAAGUCUCCUCUCCCCCCGCCUGCAGAUCACCCUCACCUGGGCCUAACGCUGACACCUCUCAGGGUUCAGGACGAGCUCCUUUAUGUAGAGCUCCAUUACAGGAGCUGUAUGACCCCUCCAUGGAGUCAGCUUCCUCAGCAAACCUGGACGACCUACAACGCUCAUGGGAGACUUUGAAGAAUGUGAUCAGUGAGAAGCAGAAGAGCCUAUAUGAAGCUCUGGAGAGACAGCAGCACUAUCAGGAGACCCUGCAAUCUGUCUCAACAAAGAUGGAGUCCAUUGAGACCGCACUAAAUGAGGGCUUAGAGCCAAGCAAGAGUCCUGAGAGCCAGAUGGCCGCCCACCAGGCUCUGAUGGAUGAGAUCCUAAUGCUCCAGGAUGAGAUCAGUGCUCUGCAGGCCUGCUUCUCCCGCGAGCUGCAGAUGGAUGAGGACAGUUUGGAGGCAGAUGCUGGAGACCAGCUGGCCCUACAGUCAACCCUCACUGUACUGGGAGAGCGCAUGGCCACCAUCCACAUGAAAGCCUCCGGAAAGCGACAACUUCUGGAGGAGCGAUUGAAUGAGCAGUUAGAAGAACAGAGGCAGGAACAAGCGCUACAGCGUUACCAUAGUGAAGCAGAGGAGCUUGACAACUGGCUGCUCAGCACACGUGCCACACUGACCUCCACUCUUCAGCCACAACCACAGGACAUGGACAUGGAGGAACAGCUGAUCGACUGCCAGAACAUGUUACUGGAGAUCGAGCAGAAGGUGCUGUGUCUGUCUGAGCUGUCAGUGCACAGUGAGAGUUUACUGAUGGAAGGGAAGGCCGGUACACGGGGUGACGCUGAGCAGCUCUCCCUCAAACUAUACUGCCUCAAAUCCAGCCUGCUGGAGCUACAGCGCAUCCUCCAAGACAAACAGACCCACAUCCAGGGGUCACUUCAGGAGCAGGACGACACUGAAUCAGACUCGUCUCUGUCUCAGAGCCCCAAUAUGAUGGACUGGCUCAUUCAGGCGCGAUCCACACGCAACCAGCAGCAUCAAGACACAGUGCAAAGACAGAGGGAAUUAGAGGAGCAGCUUGGCGAACAGAAGAAGUUACUGCAGUCUGUAGCAUCUAGAGGGGAGGAGAUUCUCUCACAGAGAACAACACCUAAUGGAGACAGUUCUCCUGCAGAACUUUCUGAAGGGGUUGAUGGUCAGUGGCCUGAGAGCAUGAGCACAAAGGAUCAAAUGAGAUUCAAAUGGGUGAACCUAAGCAAAGACCUUAACAACAAACUACAGCUGUCAUCAAACACAAUGGAGCAGGCACACUGUCACACGCUAUACCAGCCAGUGUCCAGUCCCUGUGGACUCUUCAGAGGGGAGCAAGUGAAUCAGGAUAUCCUGUCCCCCAGAAGUCUGUUUGAAGGUUUCAGCCAAGACCUGGAGGAUUUGCCUCAGACAGGGGGCGCUGACACUAAACGCGCAUGUGCUCUGGAAAUGGCUCUCUAUGAGGCAGUUUCCUCAGCUUCCUCCUGGCUGGACAAUGCUGAGAAUGAGCUUGUAUCUGGCCCAAUAUUAUUAUCUGAUGACUCAGAGACUCACCUGGGCCACCUAGAGGGUUUGGGUAAGGAGGUAAAGAAUGUCAGCGAGGAGGUUUGUAAAUGUCGGGAUGUGCUCGGAGGGACGGAGCGGCUAUGGGAUGAAGGUGGAGAAAGUGUUUUAGUUGAGGGAGUGUUAGACAGUUUGGAGGGGAGACUAAAGCUGCUGGACACAGUGCUGGAGCAGCGAUGUGACGGCAUGAAAGACAAGCUGCAGGAACUCACUGUUUUUCAGACUGAGUUGAGACUGUUGCUUACUGCACUCGGUGACUCAAAGUACCAGCUUUUGCAGAAAAUGAAUGCAGCUAUGGAUCGGCCUGCUUCUAAACAAAUGGAGAUUCUAGCAGAAGCUGAGGACAGUCUGAGGGAAUUUGAGCAGAAAGUUUCUGAGAUGAGAAGUAGAGGAGAGACACUGCAGCCCAGCCAGCUUUGCACUCAAGAGCUGCUGAAACUACAGGAUGCUUAUGAAGUUCUGGUGGAGAUGGUGGGAUCCAAACGGAGUGGGCUGAACCAGAGUUUGGUACUAAAGGCUCAGUAUGAGAGAGCUCUGCAAGACCUGGUAGAUCUGGUAGACACCGCCCAGGACAAAAUGGCUGCUGACCAGAAAAUGAAAGUGGGAUCAGUGAUUGAGGUUCAGAUUCUCCUAGACAAACACAAGGAGUUUUUUCAGGGGCUAGAGACACAUGUUGUCCUGACACAGGCCUUCUUCAGGCAGGUCAGUGGGUUGGUGGUGCAGCGGGAGGUCCAAAGCCUAGAGGAAACUGUGGCUCAGGCCCAGGCUGUACUUAAACAGGCUCACAAACGAGGAGUGGAGCUGGAGGGCAUCCUGGAGUGGUGGAGCAGGUUGGUGGGUGAUUAUCAGGCCGUGUACAGGCAGCUGGAGGCAGUGGAAAGCAACAUUCCCAGUGUAGGCCUGGUGGAAGAGACAGAGGAGAGACUGAGGGAUAGAAUUGCUCUAUACCAGCGUCUGAAGGCCGGUAUGUCUGAGUGGCAGCCGCAGUUGUAUAAGUUGUUGGAGGAUGAGAAGAGGCUGCCUUUACAUGUGUCCUGCUCAGAGCUGGAAACUCAGCUCAAUCAGCUGGGGGAGCACUGGCUCAGCACCACCACCAAAAUCAAUAAAGAGCUCCACCGCUUGGACUCCACCCUCAAACACUGGAUCAGGUAUCAAAGCCAGUCAGCUGAGCUUAGCCAAUGGCUGAGCUCGGCACUAGACCGCCUGGAGUUUUGGAGCACUCAGUCUGUUACAGUACCUCAAGAGCUAGAGACCGUCAGAGACCAUCUUCAUGCCUUCCUGGAAUUCUCCAAAGAAGUGGACGCCAAGUCGUCUUUGCGCACAUCAGUUCAGAGCCAGGGAAAUCAGCUACUCCGGUUUAAGAAAGUGGACACAGCGGCACUCAGGGCAAACUUGGCCCAGGUAGACACGCAAUGGGCCGAUCUUCUCACCCGAAUCCCUGUGGUCCAGGAGAAACUCCACCAGCUGCAGAUGGAGAAGUUGCCAUCCCGUCAUGCAAUAACAGAGCUAAUGAGCUGGAUAUCCCUCAUGGAGAAUAUCAUCCAAGAGGACCAGCAGAAGAUCAUGGGGGCAGUGGGAUCUGAGGUUGUGCAAAUGUUCCUUCAGAAAUAUAAGGGUUUUCAGAUUGACCUGUCCUGCAAGCAGCUGACUGUGGACUUUGUGAACCAGUCAGUUCUGCAAAUCAGCAAUCAAGACGUGGAGGGGAAACGCAGUGACAAAACUGACUUUGCUGAGCGUCUUGGGGCCAUGAACCGCCGCUGGCAGAUACUGCAGGGACUCGUUACAGAGAAGAUUCAGGUUUUAGAGGGUCUGCUUAAAAGCUGGUUAGAGUUUGAGAAUGUGGUUCAGACCUUGAAGACCUGGAUCAGUGUACAGGAAGAGAAACUCAAAAAGAAGCACAGGAUUGAGGAUGUUUCCUCAGCCCAGAAUGCACUUAAAGAUUGUCAGGAAAUGGAAGUGAUGGUAAAGGAGAAAGAGAAGGAUCUGGAGAGGGCUGAAGAGAAAGGAUGCUUACUAAUCCAGGAUAAGAAAGGCGAAGCCAGCUCUGUUAUUAUGGACACCCUAAAAGGCUUAAACCAGUCUUGGGCCAAUCUGGAUCACAUGGUCGGGCAGCAGACGGUCAGUCUCCGGUCAGUGCUGGAUCAAUGGAGUCUAUAUAAACAAGCAUAUGAAGAGAUUCAAGGCUACCUGAUGGAGGGACGUUACACCAUCUCUCGUCUGCGCCUUCUCACUGGCUCCCCAGAAGCUGUGCAGGUUCAAGUAGAGAAUCUUGAGAGUUUACAAGAUGAGUUGGAGAAACAGGAGAGCAGUUUACAGAAACUGGGCUCCAUAACGCAACAGCUGCUGAGAGAUUGUCAUGCCUCUGUUAGUGAUUCACUCAACACAGCACUGGGUGAUGUAAAUCUCAGGUGGAACACGCUGCUGGAGCAGAUCUCAGAUCAGCUGAGGAAGAGUAAGAGCCUGCUGCAGCUGUGGCAGCAUUACAAUGCAAUUCAUGCUCAGAGCAGCACCGACAUUCAGAAACUAGAGGAACAGGUGGAGCAUCUACUCAAGAGCGCCACCCACAGAGACAUCACAGAACAGGAAGUAACGGGCCUCAUGGCGGCUGAGGGAUCCGUAGAGUCUGUCCUGCAGCAGCUGGAUGAGUUUUCAGAGCAGCUGAGACAACAAGUGGACCCCUCUGCCAUGACAGCCUUCCAUACAGACCACCUGGCACUCACUCAGCGAUUGGCAACAGUUGGACGUGCCCUCCAAAGACAGCAGUCUCUGCUAGAGGUGGGUGUGAGGAACUAUGAGAGGUUUAGUAAGGAAUUGCAUUCUCUGAGUCAAUUGUCAGAAGAAGCUGAGAAGGUUCUGAAGGAACCAGACUCAAUUGUACCUCCAGAUAUGUCAUCUGUGCUGGAACACAUGGAAAAACUUAAGACCCAAAUGUUAAAGCUGAGUAGUCUUUCUCCUGAUCUGGAACGUCUGAAUGAGUUGGGUUAUCAGCUUCCCCUCAACGAUAAUGAAAUCAAGCGUUUACAGAACUUAAACAGGAGUUGGUCAUCUGACUCUGCUCGCAUAAUAGAGAGAUUCAGUAACCUUCAAGCCCUGGUACUCCAAAGACAGACCUUCUUGGAGAAGUGUGAUGCUUGGAUGAACUUCCUGACCCAAACAGAGGAGAAGUUAGCCGCUGAGAUCUCUGGGAACUAUCAGAGCUUGCUAGAACAGCAGAGAGAGCAUGAGCUAUUCCAAGUAGACAUGUUUAGUCGACAACAAAUUCUAUACUCUAUCAUCAAUGAUGGACAUCAGCUACUGAAUCAGGGACAAGUGGAGGACAGGGAUGACUUUGGCUUGAAACUGGCACUGCUUAGUAACCAGUGGCAAGGCGUAGUGAGGCGGGCCCAGCAAAGACGGGGUAUUAUUGACAGUUUGGUUCGGCAGUGGCAGCGGUACACGGAUCUGAUAGAGAAACUGCGCCACUGGUUGCAAGAGGUGUCACUGGAACCAGAAGACCAACAACAAGGAGCAACAGUAGCACUACAGCAGAUCCGUGGAAUAUUAGACCAUAUACAGCUGAAGGAGCGUGUGCUCCAGAGGCAACAGGGCAGCUACAACCUCACGGUGGAGGCUGGAAAGCAACUUCUCCUGUGGGCUGAUGCCAAAGCAGAGGCCUCGCUUCACACUGAGCUCACUGAAGUGGAGGAGCACUGGAGGACCAUUAACAUCCGCCUCGAUGAAAGGAAGAAAGAACUGCUUUCUUUGUUAAGGGACUGGGAUCAGUGUGAGAAAGGAAUUGCUGCAUCGCAUGAGAAGUUGAGGGACUUCAAGCUAAAGCUCUCUGUGCCUUUACCCGACCACCACGAGGAGCUGCACACAGAACAGAUUCGCUGCAAGGAAUUGGAGGGCAGUAUUGAAGGCUGGGUUGAUGAUGUAGCCGGGCUGUGUAUUCUGAGGGAGUCUCUCUCCAGUGGCCUCAGCGCUGAUGACCUCACAGUCCUACACGAGAGACUGAUAUUACUCCAGAGACAGUGGGAGGAGACCUGUCACCAGCUGUCCCUGCGCAGGCAGCAGGUGAGCGAGAGGCUGAACGAGUGGGCUGUGUUUAAUGAGAAGAACAAAGAGUUGUGUGAGUGGCUCACCCACAUGGAGAGCAAGGUCUCACAGAAUGGUGACAUCAGCAUUGAGGAGAUGAUUGAAAAGCUCAGGAAGGACUAUCAGGAAGAGAUCUCAGUGACCACGGAGAGCAAGCUUCAGCUGGAACAGAUGGGGGAGAGACUGGCUCAGGCCAGCCAUGAAAGCAAAGCUGCAGAAAUCCAGUACAAACUCAGCAAAGUCAAUGAGCGCUGGCAGCAUCUGCUUGACCUUAUAGCAGCUAGGGUAAAGAAGUUGAAGGAGACACUGGUGGCUGUGCAGCAGCUGGAUAAGAACAUGAGCAGUCUCCGCUCCUGGCUGGCUCAAGUGGAGACUGAACUUUCACGUCCCAUCGUCUAUGAGACCUGUGACUCACACGAGAUCCAAAGAAAACUCAACCAGCAACAGGAUCUGCAGCGUGACAUCGAGAAGCACAGUACCGGUGUGGCGUCAGUGCUGAACCUGUGUGAGGUGCUGCUGCACGACUGUGAUGCCUGUGCCACAGAGACUGAUUGUGAAUCCAUCCAGCAGGCCACACGCGGCCUGGACCGCCGCUGGAGAAACAUCUGUGCUGUUGCCAUGGAGAGGAGGCUCAAGAUCGAGGAGACAUGGAGGUUGUGGCAGAAGUUUCUGGAUGAUUACUCCCGUUUUGAAGAAUGGCUGAAAGUGUCCGAGAGGACAGCAGCUCUGCCCAACUCCUCUGGAGUGCUGUACACCGUCGCUAAAGAGGAGCUCAAGAAGUUUGAGGCAUUUCAGAGACAGGUGCAGGAGUGUCUGACCCAGCUAGAGCUGAUCAAUAAACAGUAUCGAAGGCUGGCACGUGAAAACCGCACAGACUCGUCCUGCCAACUACGACAAAUGGUGCAUGAUGGGAACCGACGUUGGGAUAUACUACAGCGGAGAGUAGCAGCCAUCUUGCGCAGGCUUAAGCAUUUCAUUGGUCAGCGAGAGGAGUUUGAGACAGCCCGAGAUGGUAUUCUGGUAUGGCUGACCGAGAUGGACUUGCAGCUCACCAACAUCGAGCAUUUCUCAGAGUGUGACGUUCAGGCCAAGAUCAGGCAACUAAAGGCAUUCCAGCAGGAGAUCAGUCUGAACAUGGGAAAGAUGGAGAGUGUUUUUGGGCAGGGGGAGGUGCUGAUGGAGAAGAGUGAGCCUCUGGAUGCUGCUGUCAUAGAGGAAGAGCUGGAUGAGCUGCAGAGAUACUGUAGGGAGGUGUUUGGUCGGGUGGAGCGCUACUACAGGAAACUCACACGCCUGCCGCUAACCGAUGAUGAGUGUGAAGGCUCAGAUCGUGAAUUGGAGCCAGGUGACCUCUCAGACCUUCAGUGGGGUGAGGAUGAUGCCAUGUGCCAGACAACUAGCAGACCACCUUCAGUUGCCACUGCUCCUGCUUGCACAAACGGCUCUGGCCGGGACACCCCUGCCAGCGUAGACUCCAUCCCUCUGGAAUGGGACCAUGACUAUGACCUGGAGCCCAUGGGCCAUACCAUGUCUUCAGAGCAGGGUAGACAAAAAGAUGAGGAUGAGGAGUUAUUGUCUAUGGCCACUGCAGCACUUACAAAUGUAGUGAUUCCUGAGAGCCCUGAGGCUUAUAUAAAAUUAACAGAAAAAACAUUGAGGUCCUCCUCUGGUGAAGCAGUUCGAUUAUUAGACAAUAUGCUGGACACCAGCCGUUACAGUCACCAGCAGACAGAUGGCACUAUGGGUUGCCACGACACCUCUUACAUGGGCUAUAUGCGGUUAAUGGACGAUUGCCGUGGCAGUCUGAAAGCGGUCAAGAGGGUUGAGGGCGAGCUGGAGGAGGAAGAGGACAAUCUCUCAGGCCUGAGCAACCCUGAUAACACCGAGACACAGAGCACAGGUGUCAUUGAGCGCUGGGAGCUGAUACAGGCCCAGUCUGCUGAAUCAGAUCACAGGCAGAGAGAAGACCUGGCGCUAUGGCAACAGAUGACCUCUGACCUGGACAGCAUGGAGGCGUGGCUCGGCCAGGCCGAGGCCAAGUUAGCUGAGCUGAGAGGGAAAGAUAGUGCGGAUAUACACACUAUUGAGCAAAGAAUUAGAAAACUCAAGGAGUUACAGAAGGCCAUGGAUUCCCAUAAGUCCAAAGUACUAUCCAUCAACUUAAAUAGCGUUGCACUCCUCCAGUCAGACUCACAGGAGAGCCAGGAACUGAAAGCGAAACUCAAGGAGAUGAACUCACGCUGGGAUCGACUGGGAAAAUCGCUUAAGGAUUGGAGAAAAGCACUCCAGGAUGCUCUGAUGCAGUGCCAGGAGUUUCAUGAGCUGAGUCAUGGUCUUCUUCUCUGGCUGGAAAACAUUGACCGCCGGAGGAAUGAGAUUAUCCCAAUUGCGUCAGGGCUAGAUCGCCAUACAAUACGAGCUCAUUACAGGGCGCUAAAGCAAAUCCAGCGGGAGCUGAUGGAGACUGAGCAGAAGGUGGUCGGUCUGCAGGAGCUCUCGGGGCAGCUGCUGGUGCAGGCACAUGGCAGCGAGUGUCUGGAGGCCCAAGAGAGGGUGCACGUCAUCGGGAACCGUCUGCAACUACUCCUGAAGGCUGUGGACACAGACCUAGAGCUGCUAGAAAAACAACUCCAGACUUCUGAGAACAGACAGGAUGCGUCCCUCUGGUCUGUUACGGAUGACGCAGAGACUUCUGGAUCGGUCAGUCCUGUUUCAGAUGUCAGCGUUUCUACUAAACGACAAUCGCUACGAGGCAAAUGUAGUGUGUCAGAACCAGGAUCCUCAGCCAGGCUUCCACGUCACAGGUUGCCCAGCGGUACUGGCUGCGUUUCAUCUCACUCUGGUUCCUCCGGGUCACAAGGUGGCGCUGCUGUGGCUCACUGCCAGCCCUUUCUGCUGCGAGUGCUCCGGGCGGCUCUGCCACUGCAGCUCCUACUGCUGCUCAUAGUGGGCCUGACCUGUCUGGUGCCCAUGACUGAGCAGGAUUACAGCUGUGCCCAUGCCAACAAUUUCGCCCGUUCUUUUCAUCCCAUGCUCCGCUACACCAACGGCCCACCACCUGUAUGAGACUUUACUAAUGCCUUCAUAUGUUUCAUAUUACUCUGCAGGACACAGAAUGGACUAGUAUUAGCCAAAGCUGAUUGUUCCUGUUCCUGUAUAGUUACUGCUGCUAAUUUUAAUUUUUCACUAAACUGUGUACUCUUGAACUCAUUGCAGUGUAGACCAGUGUUGGACAGCCAAACUGGUGAACCUCUUCUGUCCCACGGAAACAGAGGAAAAAUCAUAUAUAAUUAUGUAUUAAAUAGCACUGACAUACGCAUAAGGUACUGCACUUAUACCGUCCAAGUAAAUGGCCAAAAUUAUUUGCUUAGGCUAAAGAAUGUUUUAUUUUUAUUUUUUUAUUAUUUAAAACUGUAGAAAAAGUUAUUUUCAAUAUUAUUUAAAUAAGAUUUUGCAUGACAAUUCAAAAGUAUUUUUUAUUUUAUGGCAUGUUCACAACUUUUUUUUUUUUCUCCAGAAAUGUAAAACAGUCAUUACCAUCAUCUCGUGAGAUUAGAAUUAUAAGGUUCUAUCUCCGUUUAGGGUAGUUCUGAGAUAUUGAGCAUCAAAGUUUUUACAUCCCAGCUGGCAAAACUGUUAUGUAGUAUAAUCUUCUAUUAUAGCUUUAUCUAUUAAUCUUUUUUUUUUUUUUACAAAAAUAACACCACACAGGCAUUAAUAAACACCUAAUGGAUCAGAUUAUGUCAAAAACUCAAUUUUGACCAAAAGUGGAGAUAGAACCUUAUAAUUCUAAGCUCACAAUCUGUUAAUUUAUGUGAUAUGACAAUAUGACAAAAAACAUUCAUUAAGAUGACAAUGUCUAUGCCUAUUUAUCUAUGUACAGUUUGCUAAUGCUGACAAUAAAGACACAUCUUUUCAUUUA